AUGAGAUCCUCUUCACUUCCUUCAUUCUGGCUCCCUUCUGUGCUCCUUAUUCUCCUCCUGAAGGCCACUGGCGAGACCCAAGCCUUGGCCAACACCACGAGCUGCCCGUCGAAAAGAGGCGGCAGCUAUGCCAGCCCAACGCCGAUAGUGUCGGUGUACUAUCCCGGUUACAAUGCCAAGUUUCUCCCGGUAGAGCAGAUUCCCUGGAAGAUGUACAACCAUCUUCAGUACUUCGUCGCUGUUCCGGCCGCCACACCCGAAGCCGACUUGCUCAUAGACACGGAAGAGAAUAUGAUCCAAGUCAUCAAGGCCGCGAAGGCCCACGGUGUCUCCAUUUCUUUGAGUAUCGGCGGAUGGACGGGUAGUCGGUCUUUCAGUUACUUGGUCGGAAACCACAGAAACAGGACCAGUUUUGUCGAGACGAUCGCGCGUGCUGUCAAGAAGUACGGCCUCAACGGGAUCGACCUUGGAAAGUUUCCAUUCUCUUUACAUAACCAAUCCAAACAUUGGGAGUAUCCAAACGUCCAAGGCAUCGGAUGUAACGCGCUGAACAAGAACGACUCGGAGAACUUCCUCCGCUUCCUGACACUUUUGCGCGCGAAGAUGGGCACGGAGUUCCGGCUCUCGGCGGCCGUGUCGAUGAAGGGAUUCAUGUCUUCAGACGGGAAGAACUACCUGAAAGACGUCAGUGCAUAUGCGAAAGUCGUGAACUUCUUCACAAUCAUGGCCUACGAUGUGUAUGUGCCCAGUCUCUCCAAGGUAGCCGGGCCGAAUGCGCCGUUGUACUCGAGUUGCUCGGAGCGGACGCAGCGAUACUCGGUGGCGCAAGCGAUCAAGCAAUGGAAGAGCACGGGGGUGCCCGCCCACCAGAUCUUACUGGGGAUGCCAGCAUACGGGUACGGCUACACGCUGAAGCGGAGCAAGAUCGUCCCGAGCCACUUCGCAGACACGCCUGGCCUCACCAGCCAGCUCUUCCAGCCACGCGAGAUGACCACCCCGCCCGCGGGCCAAACCGCCGGCGAGGCCACCGGCGUCGAUGUCUGUGGAACCCCCAACGUCGCCGGCGGGUCCUGGCUGUUCAAGGAACUGUCCGAGACGGGCAAGCUUUCGCGCAACCAGAAGCAGGGCUUGGGCGGCUACCAACGCCAUUACGACAACUGCACCCACACUCCUUUCCUGUUUAAUCCGGCCACCAAGAACCUGAUCAGCUACGACGACUCCUCCUCGCUCAGAGAGAAAGCUUCGUUCGCCCAGAAGUACGGCUUGGGAGGCGUCGAGAUCUUCGACGCGACGGGCGACACGCCUGACUCGCAGCUCUUGAGGAGCGUCCGGGAGGUUUUCUUCCCGAAGACCAAAUACUCCCAACAUGGGAUCAGGGACUCUUAG